GUAGCCAACCGAAAAGUUACAAUUGUCACGGUAUUUGGCUUAUAAGGCAACGUUUGCGCUGAACUAAAUUUAAAUUUGACCAUUUCCCUAAAGUACAAUGUUUAUACAAAUGUGCAGUGUGUGUAAAAGUUGACAGCUUGAGAUUCUCAUACCCCCCAAAUUUUUCAGUCACACCCUCUGGUAAUCUGAACACACACCCUCAACAUGGAGAAAGUGCGUAAGAUGCAAGACCACUUCAAAACCCAACAGAUACCAACUGAGGUCGACGAUGGCCUUGAAACUUUGGAGCAGUACAAACAACGUUGGCGCUCCGUCCGCAUUAUAUACUUCACCAUGUUCCUUAUGUCCCUGGGUUUUAGCAUUAUACUCACUGGCAUUUGGCCCUACCUCAACAAGCUAGACCCCAGCGCUGGCAAGGAAUUCAUGGGUCUCGUUGUCGCCGCCAAUCCGCUAGGCCAGAUGAUCUUCAGUCCCCUUUUUGGCUGGUGGAGCAACAAAUUAGGCACCAUUAGACUACCCCUGUUGCUCUCAUUGGUGCUCUUUACAGUAGCCAGUGGGUUUUAUUCGUCGCUGGAGUUGCGGCCGGAUAAUGUGAAGUUCUGGAUGGUAAUCUCGCGCUUUCUUAUUGGUGUGAGUUCCGCAAACAUUGCCGUAUGUCGCUCAUAUCUGUCCGCAGCGACACGUCUAAGUGAGCGCACCCAUGCCGUCUCCAUGGUAUCUUUGGCCCAGGUCCUGGGCUUCAUUGUUGGUCCCGCACUCCAGGCAGCCGUGACACCUUUGGGAGAUGUGGGCUACAUGUGGCUCUGGGGGAAACUACACUUCAAUAUGUACACAGCAUGUGGAUGGAUAAAUGUUCUUAUGAGUGUGGGCAACUUUAUUAUGUUUUUGCCCGGAACUUUUGAGGAACAUAAAAUAGCUGCCCGUGAGAUUAUGGUUAUGCAGGGUGGUACAUCAGAACGAGAGACAUGGAAGGCUAUAAAGCCAAAUUACUUUUCCGCUUGGACACUUAUAGUGGCGUUUUUUGUGUUGGUCUUCAAUUUUGUGCUGCUCGAAACCUUGGGAACAUCGCUUACAAUGGAUCAGUUUGCCUGGUCCAAUAGCGAAGCCAUGUGGUACAUGGGAAUACUAAUGUCUGUUGGCGCCAUUGUUGCGUUUAUUACCUUUUUGCUUAUUGUACCGCUUUGCAAACAAUUUGCGGAGCGGUAUGUGCUUAUUUGGGGGGGUUUCUCUUUAAUGGUUCUGGGGCGCGUGCUGUAUAUACCCUGGGGACCGGAUCCGCCUAAGGUGGCACCAGCCUUCAACGAAACCGCCGGUCUACCCGAAAGUGAUCCAAUGUACCUCGGCUGUCCGGAAACUCAGGAAUGGUGCGCUCGUCUGCCUGCAUUGACGAUUACUCAAUUCAUCAUUGGCUAUGCCUUCACAUCUGUUGGCUACCCGAUUGGCGUCACUCUUAUACAGACAAUAUUUUCGAAGGUCUUGGGUCCCAGACCGCAGGGUGUUUGGAUGGGUUUAAUGACUGGUUCAGGCUGUUUAUCUCGUGUUUUGGGCCCGGUAUUUGUGGGUUCUAUAUACACACGUCUGGGAACCUACUGGACCUUUGGCGUAACAUCAGUUAUGAUGCUUAUUUCAAUGUUUUGGCUGCUGGGCACAAACAAAUUACUUAUACCUCCGCAUAUCGAUAAGCCAGCACAUGUGGAGCUCCAAGACCUUAAUAAGGAGAAUGGAAAACAAAGUGAAACAAACUCACCCACUCAUAACGGUGAUAAUGAUACUCCACCGGAGGGUGUGGAGCUGUUGGGGAUUCGCCGGCUGGGUAACAGCUCAGAGGCAUAGCGACUUACAGCUUGUUAAUAAGUAUAUACUUAUAGAAUAUUUUUGAGAACUGCCUUUAUGUUUACUAUGUACACACAUACAUAUGUGCCUAUUUUUAGAAUCAAAAAAUAUUAUAUUUUAUCGGAAUUUAUUAGUCUACGAAAUUCAAAAUAAGUAUAUAAAUAUUUUUGAGAAUGUAAAAGACAAA